AUGGAAUCUACUACAACCUCUUCUCUCGAACAUUUACUCCCGCAAAAUUUUAAAGACGAUAUCAAAGCAUGGUUAAAAGAGGAUAUCCCCUCUUUCGACUAUGGAGGUUACGUUGUCGGCGAUGAUGUUAAAAUUGCUUCUUUGUUAGGCAAAACACCCGGUGUGCUAGCCGGUGUUCCAUUCUUUAAUGAACUAUUUAGACAAUUAAAUUGCAGAGUCGAUUGGUUUCUCAAAGAAGGAGAGUUUUUUCAACCAGUCAAGGAAGUUGCACGUGUUCAUGGAAAGGCACGUAAUAUUUUAUUGGGAGAACGUACAGCAUUGAAUAUUAUUGCACGCUGUAGUGGUAUUGCUACCAGAGCUAAAAGAUGUAAUGAUCUAAAAAAAAAGCACGGAUUUCAUGGUGUUAUUGCUGGAACAAGAAAAACUACGCCCGGUUUUCGCUUGGUGGAAAAGUAUGGAAUGUUAGUUGGCGGAGCAGACACACAUCGCGUCGAUUUAUCCUCGAUGGUAAUGUUAAAAGAUAACCAUAUUUGGAGUCAAGGCUCAAUAACACAGGCAGUGAAUCGAGCGCGAGCAGUCAGCGGAUUCUCCCUAAAAGUAGAAGUAGAAUGCCGCACAGAAUCCGAAGCAGAUGAAGCGAUUCUCGCUGGUGCCAAUGUCAUAAUGCUUGACAAUAUGCAAGGCGAGGGAUUGAAAACCGUGGCGAAAUAA